AUCCUAUCUCUCAGCUAUCCAAGUUGCUUUCGCUCCGACAUAAUCUCGUUUCUAUUCCACCAGUAGUCCAUCAUGAUAGGCCCUUCCUCCAGCUUCGCUGUGCUUGCUACUCUCGCCUCUGCCAUGGUCCUCUCUGCUGCCCCUUCGGUCGAAUGUAUGUCCUUACAGCACGCAGUCUCUGUUCGCGGCCUCGAUAUGUUGGCUAGGGACGCGCCUGUCGUUCCGCUUCCCGUGUCGUCCAAAACGACAAGCAAGGCGACUCCUACGAGCAGUAGCAAACCUUCUAAGACCUCGGCGAGCAAGAAGAAGAGUGGCGAUGGCAAGCCUAAGCAUAAUGACGAAGAUUCGCCUUCCAAGAACAAGGACAAGGGUGAUGAUGAUGUCGAGAAGAAGUUCGUAUCUGCUGCUUCCGUGACCGAUGGAAAGAGCAAGAAACAUAAGGGACACAAGGAACAUAAGGGGAAUAAGGAUCGACGGUGGGAUCCGCUCAGCACGUUCGCCGUCUGUGGCGCUCUCGCUCUUUCAUCAAUCGUCGCUCUCCUCAUCAUCACCACGACCACGACCACGAGCAUGUUCACGAGCACGAUCACUAUCACCGCCGGAGUCAUGAUCAUGACCAUGACCAUGACCAUGACCACGACCACGACCACGACCACGACCAUAUUCAUGAGCAUGACCAUCGAGCGCCCCACCAUCAUGACCACGACCACGACCACGACCAUGAGCAUAUCCAUGAACACAUCCAUGAGCAUGACCAUCGAGCGCCUCACGAUCAUGACCAUGAUCAUGACCACGACCACGACCAUGACCAUGACCACGAUCACGACCACGACCACGACCAUGAUCAUGACAGGCGCGACCACGACCAUGAUCACGACCACGACCACGAUCACGACCACGACCAUGACCAUGACCAUGACCACGACCACGACCACGACCACGACCAUGACCAUGACCAUGACCAUGACCACGACCACGACCACGACCACGACCAUGACCAUCAUCAUCGUCGCGCGUCUCUGCUCAUCACCGGUGAACAUGGUAAACCGCCGUGUGGACAUCGUUAGCCCUACCUCAGGCUUGUCGGCUGGUCAACGAAUUGCAUCAUUGCUUCUUGCGACCGCCGCAGACUCUAUGGCUGCGUCCUCGAUGAACGACACAAACAACGGUACCUUCGUUCUCAACGCGUCUGAAAACGGCCAGACACAGGUCUACCUUGUCCCUGCUCCUGCGAGUUCGUCGAAUAGCACCUCACCUUCCUUAUCGCCUAAGGAGGUUAUGGUCAUGCUUGAGAUGCCAAUGUUCGAGGCCGAAUCGGUAUCCAUGUCUUCGUAUUGCGCCACGUUCAACCCCAAGCCUUCGACACCUGCCUCUCUGACCGCUCAGUCAUGCGACUCUGAGUCUGGAACCCCUAACUCUCAGUACAGCCAGCUCUUCGCAUUCAACACGGCCACUAGCGUCAUCCGUCCUUUGUGGUUCGAGGAUCAAUCUGCGGCCUCCAGCGAUCCCACCGACACCGGAGCAUCGGGUUCAGCUCCAACCAACAACACCUCCAUUGAUCCUCCGACGCCCUCCGACGCUUCGAUGAUGAGCGUCACGAACUUGAUGGUCGAACCGAAUGGAGACGGCCCAUCGGCUACCGCAAGCAAUGCGACUGGAACCUCUUCAUCUACUGCCGCCCCUACACCGACGCCGUCAAGUGCCGCUAGCUCCUACAACAACGCGGAGAGUGUCAUGCUCGUCUUCACUCCCGAUGCCCCGGAACUUCAGUCCUUCUCGGAAGGCUCCUCGCCCGACGCUUCCAUGAGAUCGUCGUCGCGCGAGGCGACUGCCACUUCGACGGCUUCUGCUCAACAGUCUGAUGCAUCAUCGUCCACGAUGUCGAACUCCGUCGUAAAUGCCGCCUACGCCACAACCACGGAUACGGCGUUGCCUUCCGCUUCUUCAUCCUCUGCCCCGCCGUCGACCACACAGACGGCGUCGAUGGAAGAUAUCGCGGAUGUAUCUACGUCUAGCUCGAUGACCAUGUCCCAGUCGAGCAUGUCUCCACCAUCGCAAUCAUUCAGCGCCUCAGUCGACUCUGCAAGCUCUACAUCAUCCGGAGCCGUAUCGACGCCGACAUCGUCGUCGACGCUUGGUGUGCAGGUUGUUGUAGAGCAGGCUGGCGCGUCUUCGUCCGUUGCGUCCGCCUCAUCGACAGGCUCCAGUAUGCCUACUAUGACCCCUGUCAGCACGUCUCCGUAUGAAUGGAUGUUCAAAUCGGAUGCUUGA